UUUACCGCUUUUUAUGCGCCGUCGUCGUCGCUGCUACUGCUGAUUGACAGAGGAUCGGAAGGAGCGGCGAGAGCUUGGGUGGAAAGGAAGAGGUUAGGUUUAUUACGGAAGAAAGAUAACAGGCCUCGCGGAGGAGCCAUGGCCGACCACCUGGUGGACGGCCCUCCGCCGAAGCGGCCGAAGCUCGAUCCGUUCCAGGGGCCCUCGGAUACGACGGUGGGUAUGGCGCCUUUAAUGAUGCACCAUGCUUAUACGAACUACGGGGGAGGUGGCAGUGGUAACAUGCAACAAAUACAGGGCCCACCGCAACAGCUACAUCUACAACAGCAUCAGCUGCAACAACACUGGAACAACCAUGCCAUCCAGAAAAGAAAUUACAUUACAAACACAGAAAUGUUUGAUCUUGAAAAUGAUCUUCCUGAUGACUUGCUAUCGUCUACAUCUUGGGGUUCCGCGACCGAGAGCACCAAGCCACCGGCAACCGGUCCUGGUCCAGGGCAGCAAAAUGGUGCUCUCGACUCAGAACUCAGGCAACAUGUACAGCAGCAGCAACAACUUUCUCAUCAUCUCAUUCAACAGCAGGGCAACAAGAAUCUGGUAGCGAAUUCUUUGGUCAUGGCUGCCGGUACACUAGGCAAUAAGAGUCCAAAUAUGCAAUCGCCACCGAACGUUUCUGUCUCCAAGGGAAUAGUCGAUCCGCAAAUGGUCGUGAGUCUCGGUAAUCUGCCGAGUAGCAUAGCCAGUUCAUUGGCAAAUAAUCAAAUGUCCAUCGCAAAUUCGAUGGGUGGUCUGCAAUCGUCCAUGAGUAUGGCCGGAAGUAACCCUGCAAUGUCGAUGCCGGGUGGCAUGAAUUCCGGAUUAGUGAUGACUAGUACUGCUAGCGGGAACAACAAUAUGGGAGGGAUGGCCGGGGGAAGUUUGAUAGUAACCAACAGUUUGAACAAACCUUUAAAUACAGUAACUAUGAUGGGCCCUAAUACUCAAGCGAUACAUCAUCCUAGCGGACCUCACGGAGUCACGCCGAUGCAAAACGGUCCCGGCAUGAUGAACACGAGGGCUGUGGCGAUGCAGCAGCAACAACAAGCGCAUAUGGUCGGCCCAGCGAGAGGACAGAGUCCUCAUCAACAAGUGCAUCAAGUUGGUAUCGUUGGUCCCAAUCAAGGCGGUCCUAGGAUGCAAGCUCCUCCUAACAUGACGAGUUUACCGAACAUGGGACAAAUAAAUGCAUCGAGCCCAUACGGUUAUGGUAUAUAUAAUCUAUCUUCUCUUGCUUUACGCAUACGAAGAAAAGAAAUCGGUGUUGUCAAACCGCAACAAAAGGCCGUGGGUACAAACAUGACCGCUAUGCAAGCAGCAGCAGCAGCCGCCAACAGAUUCACCGGAACGGCCGGCCCUAUUGGUACUACGAACGUUGUAGGCGGUCAGGAAGGUGGAACGGCAGCACAACAGGCACAACCAUCCGCACCGAGUCCCGCUCAACCUCAGUCGGGAGCGUCAACUGGAGGACAGCCAGGUCCCCAACCAGGUGCUCAAGGCCCAAUGGCUGUACCGACUCAAGCUGGGACUGCAAAAUCUACACCCGAUCCUGAAAAAUGUAGACUUAUUCAACAGCAGUUGGUGCUACUUCUACAUACACAUAAAUGCCAACGCCGCGAAAGUGUAGCGAAUGGUGAGAUGAGACAGUGUACCUUACCGGAUUGUAAGACGAUGAAAAACGUUUUGAAUCACAUGACGAGUUGUCAAGCUGGCAAGAAUUGCACUGUGCCGCACUGUAGUAUGUCCAGGCAGAUUAUCAAUCAUUGGAAACAUUGUAAUCGAAGUGAUUGUCCAGUUUGUUUGCCGAUAAAACAAGCGAAUAAAAACAGGUCUAAUUCUGUGCAAGCUCCUGCAAUUCAACCAAAUAAUCAGCCAAAUCCGAGUCCAUCCGAGAUGAGAAGGACUUAUGAUGCUUUAGGGAUUCAAUGUUCGACAACAACACCGGGACUCUUACCCGGCCAAGGCGUUGGUAGAGGUGUUAGAAUGCCAACGCCCGGCAUGGCAGGUCCGCCAGGCACACUGGGCAAUGUUAGAUUAGCAGCACAACCUCAAACACAAACUGCGCCGGGACAGUCCGUAGUCGGUGCUGGGCAACAAGUGGUCGCUCCGAACGUAUCUCUUCCUUUAAAUUCCGAUCCUAGUACGGUCGGAGUAGCCGGUAAUCAGACAGUACCGACCACCGGACCCACGUCCGCCGCGGCGGCGGCCGCUGCCAAUAUACAGCAGUCCGUCAACAUGCAAACAUUGUUUGGACUAAACGAGUCCGGACAACCCGGCGUAAUCGGCGGAGAGAAUAGAUUAGCUAAUUUGCAGCUUCCAGGUGGUCUUCAGUCUGGUCAAGUCACAGCGACACCAGUGCAAGGAACAAAGGAAUGGCAUAUGUCUGUCACUCCAGAUCUCAGGAAUCAUCUCGUUCAUAAACUGGUCCAAGCAAUAUUUCCAACUCCUGAUCCUCAAGCUAUGCUCGACAAAAGAAUGCACAAUUUGGUCGCAUAUGCGAGAAAAGUGGAAGGCGAUAUGUAUGAAAUGGCUAACUCGCGGUCGGAAUAUUACCAUUUGCUGGCUGAGAAAAUCUACAAAAUUCAGAAAGAACUUGACGAGAAACGACAGAAGCGGAAGGAACAGCAACAACAACAAUUGCAAGCGCAACAACAGCAACAGCAACCGCAGCCAGCGGGUACAUCCGCUCCUGGACUGAGGCCGUGCGCGCCUCCUAAUGUGGGGACCGUUAUACCAGGGACAUCGAAACCUGUCGGAACGGUACCACCUACUUUACGAAGUCACUCACCCAGUAUGAGUCAGUUGGGAACGAUACCUGCAAUGGCCAUCCAGCAGCACAAUAGAAUGCAAUUUCCUCAGCAACAACAGCAGACCCAACAGCAGCAGCAGCAGCAGGCUCAACAACAACAACAAGUACAAGCUCAGCAGCAGAUACAGCAGCAGCAACAAGGGAUCCUAGUCGGUCCUCCUGGUCCAAGUCCAAACGGACAGUCCACAUCCAACGCUAAUAUGGUGCCGAAUCCCGGACUUAGUCCAUUUGGGCAGCCUCAAAUGUCCCAAGCUAACCUCACAACCACCACUGCAUCUAAUAAUGCAACGACUAGUCAAUUCCCGACGUCUAACGGUACGGCUUCCGGUUUACCCAAUAGCUCCCCUAUUCAGAAUCAGCAUCAGUUCCCCGACCUAAUGAAAGUCAGAGCCUUAGCGCAAGCUCAAGUUCAGGCGGCGCAACAGCAACAACAGCAGAAUCAGCAGCAGCAGCCACAACCAACAAGCACCUCGAAUCAGGUUGGCACUUCGGCAACAUCGAUCCCACAAGCACCAUCACCGUUCAGCAUGCAACAACCGAGUGCGCAACAACAACAGCAAUCAAAUCAGCAGUUCCCCACUCGACCAUUAUCGGCUUCUACACCCAAUGAUAACGGUAUCGCUACAUCAACGCCGCAGACAAUACCACCGCCUGCAUCCAGUGGACCGAGCCCGACGGGUGGCGUAUCCGCAACGACGACGACGGGUACGACGAACGGACCUCAAUCGGCCACUUCCACGCCGAAUACACCGCUUGUACCGUCGCUAAUGACACCGAAUCAGACGGUCUCGUCCGCGUCCAACCAGACACCACCCCAUUCAGGCCCGACGCCAUCCCCCGCCGGUCUCGCGAGUCUUGGCAAGGGUAUGACCUCGCAGGAACGGGCUGCGUUGAACACCCCGCGCAACACGUCCAUGUCCUCACAGAUGGCCGCUAUCACGGCAGCUCUGGAUCGUGACAAUUCUCCCAGUCCACCGAUGAACAACAAUAAGGGCAAGCUGGAUUCUAUCAAGGAAGAGACUAUAAAGAUGGAAAUUAAACAGGAGCCGGAGGAGCCGCAGAAUCACAGGAUGGACGGUGGCAAGAGUGUGAACAAUGAGAUUAACAUCAAGACUGAGCCGAAAACCGAGCCAAUGGAAGAGGGCUCGAAUGAGGCGACCAUAAAGGAGGAACCUGGCAUCAAGGAAGAGAGCAUGACUCCCAUCUCCGGUCAGGAUGCGACCACCUCUGAUAUUAAACCCAUGGUGCCGGAACUGAUUCAACCAAGCGGUACGUCCACCGAUAAGAAAAAGUGUUUGUUCAAGCCUGACGAGUUACGCCAGGCAUUGAUGCCGACGUUGGAGAAACUGUAUCGACAAGAUCCUGAAUCCAUACCGUUCCGACAACCCGUGGAUCCUCAGGCGUUAGGUAUACCGGAUUACCCGACCAUCGUAAAGAAACCGAUGAAUUUGUCGACGAUCAAGAAGAAACUCGACACGGAGAAAUAUAGCGAUCCGUGGGAGUACGUCGAUGAUGUGUGGAUGAUGUUUGACAAUGCCUGGCUCUACAAUCGCAAGACUUCUCGAGUCUAUAGAUACUGUACUAAGCUCUCAGAAGUAUUUGAGCAAGAGAUAGAUCCUGUGAUGCAGGCUUUGGGAUAUUGCUGCGGUAGAAAAUAUACAUUCAACCCACAGGUGCUCUGUUGCUACGGCAAGCAACUCUGCACAAUACCUAGGGAUGCAAAGUAUUACUCGUAUCAAAACAGGUCAGUAUGCACUGUAGUACAUGUAUUAAAUCAAUCUGAAUUCAUAUUUUCACUGUCCGAAGACUCGGAAACUCCGGAUGGUAAGAAGAAGGGCCAAAAGAAGGCGAAGAAAUCCAACAAGUCCAAAGCGAAUCAAAGGAAAAAUAGCAAGAAAUCGAAUACUCCUCAGACCGGCAAUGAUCUUUCCGCAAAAAUUUUUGCGACUAUGGAAAAGCACAAGGAAGUAUUCUUUGUAAUAAGGUUGCAUAGUGCUCAAAGUGCGGCUAGUUUAGCACCGAUCCAAGAUCCUGAUCCCGUUAUCAACUGCGAUUUGAUGGACGGUCGUGAUGCAUUUUUGACAAUGGCGAGAGAGAGGCAUUACGAAUUUUCAUCGCUGAGAAGAGCGAAGUUCAGUUCGAUGUCCAUGUUGUAUGAGUUACAUAAUCAAGGCCAAGACAAGUUCGUUUACACUUGUAAUAAUUGCAAGAGUCAUGUGGAGACCAGAUACCAUUGUACAGUUUGUGACGAUUUCGAUUUAUGUGUGAGUUGUAAAGAUAAAGAUGGUCAUCCGCAUCCCAUGGAGAAACUUGGCUUUGAUUUGGAUGACGGAUCAUCACCGGCCGAUGCCAAACAAACAAAUCCACAAGAAGCCCGGAAACUGUCGAUACAGAGGUGCAUUCAAUCAUUGGUGCAUGCCUGCCAGUGCAGAGAUGCCAAUUGCCGUCUGCCGAGUUGCUGUAAGAUGAAGCGAGUGGUAAUGCACACAAAGAACUGCAAGAGAAAGACGAACGGCGGUUGCCCGAUUUGCAAGCAGCUGAUCGCGCUGUGUUGUUAUCAUGCGAAACACUGCCAAGAGACCAAGUGUCUUGUUCCAUUCUGCUCCAACAUUAAACACAAGAUAAAGCAGCAGCAGCUGCAACAACGAUUACAACAAGCGCAACUACUCAGGAGACGAAUGGCUGUGAUGAAUACGAGACCAAGUGGACCAGUGGCAAUGCAGACCGGUCAGCAGACUUCAAAUGUCGCCAUGGGGACGGGAGUCGCGAUGAAGCCCGGCGUCAGCACUUCGAAUUUACCGUCGCCACAUCAGCCGGGUAUCGGCCUGAAACCUGGCACGCAGACGCCUCCCGCUCAUGUGCUACAAGUAGUGAAGCAGGUGCAAGAGGAGGCCGCGAGACAACAAGCACCACAUGUCAAUUACGGCAAAGUGACACCGGGUGGCGGCGUUGGCGUAGGUGUUGGCGUUGGCGUCGGCGUUGGCGGUCAAACGAGUGGCGUAAUGCCACCACCGCAGAUGCAACGGCCAUUACCAGUACAGAUGCCGAAUCCCGGCACGCAUCUCAUUCCGAUGGAUCAAUGGACGGCAAGCAGGUACCAAUCAAACACGGUAAUGCAACAAAAUCCUAACUUGGCGCGACAGCAAACGCCGCAGCAGUUAAUGCAACAGCAACAGCCACAUCAAGCUCAACCAGGAAUGGCAAUGACUGCACAAAUGCCGCGGCAACCGGGUGUGAUUGGUGGACAGGUUGGUCUGCAGGCGAGUAAUAUGCAGAAGCAUGCUCUGCAACAGCUGAUGCAGACCCUUAGAAGCCCGCAGACGCCCGAACAACAGAACCAAAUUCUCCAAAUACUCAAAAGCCACCCGCCGUUGAUGGCUGCCUUUAUCAAGCAACGGAGGGCGAUUGUUCAUCAGCAACAACCUGGUCAACAUGGCGGAGGAGUCGGCGGCCCAUUGGCUCCUAAUCAACCUCAACAACAACCUGGUUUGCAGCAUAUGAUGUCUCAACAGCAACAGCCGCAGCAACAACAACAGCAGCAACAGCAACCGCAGCAGCAACAGCAGCAGCAAGGCAGACUACAAAUACAGGCAAUGCUGUCGCAACAGGCACAACAGCAACAGCCGGUGCAACAAGCGCAAUGGUACAAGCAGCAGAUGCUAGCGAUGCAGCAGAGACAACAACAGGCGGCCCAGCAGCAGCAGCAACAACAACAACAGCAGCAGCAACAGCAGCAGCAGCAGCAACAGCAGCAGCAGCAGCAACAACAGCAACAACAACAACAACAAUCGUUUACGCAACCACCAGCGCCGCCGUACGGUCAGCAGCGACCCAUACGGCCGUCGCUUCUUGGUUAUGGCGGUUUCAACGAACAAGGCUACGGUCAGCCGGGUCUGAAACCCACUCCGCCGCCUGUGCCCUCGCCGCAAGGCGUCAUGGGGCCGCCGGGGAUCUCCGUGCAGCAACAGCUGAUGCAAUCAGUCCGUUCGCCACCGCCUAUCCGUUCUCCACAGCCUAACCCUUCGCCACGACCUGUUCCCUCUCCUCGUAAUCAGCCAGUACCGUCGCCGCGAUCGGGCCCCGUGCCGUCGCCGCACCACCAUCCACCUCACGGCACGCCUACGCAUUCGCCGGCACAUGAACUCGGUGGCGGUCCUAGUGAGAUGAUGCUCUCGCAGUUGAGCGGUGGCCCCGGUGCGCCUACCGGCCAUCCCGCCUCUAUGCCUCAUCACCCCUCGCCAGCGCCGGCGCCUACGAACGGUGGCGCGGACGCUAAUGAGGUGACGCCGAUGACGCCGCAGGACCAACUCUCCAAGUUCGUCGAGGGGUUGUAGUGACUGUUACGGACGAUCACAUCGGUCGAUUAUGUAAGUGAUUUCCUUAACUCUUCGCCGGCGGAUGCCGGGUCAAUCUUGACUUAUAUUUUAAUACUAUUUUAUAAAGUUUACGUGAUGAUUGAAGCAAAUAUUUUAUGUGUACAGAACGUAACACAACGUAAUUAUCAUUUAUUUUUAUUGUAUAAU